AUUGCAUUGAACCAGGAAGAACGCACAGCAUGGUACGACAGCUCUCAGCGCCAGCGAUGCCCGAUGGAGACGGCCAUUCCUCACGCGUGCUAUAGAGCGGUGGGUCGGCAAGCAACCUCCUGGCGGAGAAGAUGUUGGCGGGCUGGACGCUUCUUGCCACCAACUGCCCCGAGCCAAGCUGCUGCACACCCCUUGUGAGUUCGCGUAAGGACAUGACUAGGCUGUUGUGCGUCAAGUGCGACAAAUGGUAUUCCACCGAGCAGCCCGCGGUGGUGAUCGAAUCCGCGCCGACAUCGAAAGCAUCGCAAGGUAUACAUCAAUUAGAAUCGACUCCGGUGCCGACAGCCAACCAAACACCCCAAGACGACGAAGCCACCGCGUACGCCGCGCGCAAGAAGCGCCGUGACGCUACUAGCAGUAAACUUGGAGAGAAGAUGCUGCAGGGCUGGACCCUCAUGGGCUCCGUGUGCCCCAUCUCGGAUUGCGGCACUCCUUUCGUACGCCACCGCGAAACUGGACAGCUCUUUUGUGUUACGUGCGACCGCUACGCCAUCGCUGAAGACCAAGCAACCGAGCAGGUGGUCCCAGCAGCGCCCGAAAGCGUCGCGCGCUCGUUCGAGCCUCCAUGUUUGCCAGCACACGCUCCCGCCGCCCCUGGUACCUAUUUCGUCCCGACCCCGCCUUCCCGAGCUCCCCAUGUGGAUGGACGUGGGAGGGCGGUCGCCAUGACCGACAACGUAACGUCGUGUGGCAGUAGCGAGUUCGCAGCAGGUCGUCCCGCCAAGUUCCGUCGACUGGACGGCUGACUCGACCACGUCGUUGGCGCUUGACGUGUUGUAUCGAAAACUGGCGGCCGCGACGGCGGCGUUGGAAGCGUCGACAUCCGACAAGGACGUGUCCGCGCAGUCUCGCGUUUUGGCGGACCUGGCCAAAGCAAUCAAGGCCCUCCACACCAUCCACUCGUUCGAGUGACGACGACGACGGUCGCUGCCAUGGACGAACGACUUGAUGGCUUUUCAGCUCCUAACAACCACAACAUGCACUUGCACCUUUUUGUCCACAGCUCCCUACCGUGGCACGAGCAGCGCUCGAAACCCCAAGUCACAACGACACCAAAGAGAGCGAGAGUACUGUCUGC